CUGGUCCAACAUAUGUAAUUUGUUUUUCUCUGUCAGUGAAGCAGAAAAGCGGAUAUGGCGAGUAACGAUAAUGGUAACAGUAACAUCACCGCUACUAGAGAAUCUAGAAGACGGAAGAUUCUCGAAAGAGGUGCCGACCGCUUAGCUCUCAUCACCGGUCGGACUCAAACCCUACCAUCUGAAUCAGACGAUAAACCUGAUGCCGUAUCAUCUCAGCCGUUGGAUUCCCGGCGCCAAAAUCAAGACCCUGCAUCUGAUCUCUCUCAUCAAGUCAACGCUUCUUCUGAUGGUGAGGAUCAUGGAGGAUCUGGAUAUGUGUUUCCGAGAAAUGAUCCCACUAUUGCUGUGCGUGAGUUAAGUACUGAAACCUCAAGAGCCCCUGCUGUGAAUGAAGAAUCACCAUUGGUCUCAUCAGCAGAUCAGAUGUCAACUGUGCAAAACAUAGAAUUAAGGAUGCGCACAAAUAGAUUUGUGACUCCAAGUCAAAUAAGCUCUGCCAUUACAGCAUCAGAGAGCUUGCGUCUUUUUUGUUCUGGUGCUAUAGCCCUUCUUGUUGUCUUGUCAUCUUUAGGAUUUCCGAUAUUGGGUAGCAGCCUCAUAAGUUUUAGGCCUCUUUAUCUUGUUUUGCUCACUAAUCUGACACUUGUGUUUGCAUACCUUCUUAUUGGUAAUCAGAGAGGUUUUGAAAGGACUGUUGGAGGAGAAAUUAGUACUCCUUCGACAAGCCAAGAUUGGAUUGAACAGGCUGGUAAGGCUUUGGAGAUAGGCUUGGUAAUGCAGAAGGCAAUUGAUGCAGUAUUGAUGGAUUGCAGUGUAUAUGCAAUUAUUAUCAUUGCUGGCUCCUCCUUAGCUACGUGAUUGUUAUGUCUAAUUUUGUUUAGUUCAUACUGAUGUACAAUUUUAUCAUAUUAUGAUGUUUUGGGUUAACAAUGAAACUUUUUCCGGGUUCACAAUA